AUGGCUGAGUUUCCUUCGGAAAUCAUGUACGACAUCUUGUCAAGAAUGCCGGUGAAAUCUUUGGCUCGUUUCCGGUGUGUAAGCAAGCUAUGGUGCAGCUACAUCAACGAUCCAUACCUUGAAACCAUGCAUGCCAAACGAGCAGCAGUGAACGAUCCCACACUCAUCAUGCUCCAUAAUUCUGAAUAUCCCAACUCACUCUGCACACUCAGUUUUUUGGAAUAUAAAGAAGAAACGGAUACUUGUACUCUACAGGUGAGAAAGAAGCCACCGGUCAUGGAUUUUUCGUGUAUGAGCCCGAAUUAUAAAAAAAGAAUUCUAGGUUCUUGCAAUGGUCUGCUCUAUUCAUCACAAUUUUCCUUAGAAUAUAACACCAGUACUUUGGUUGUGAUCCAUCCCUUAAGGAGAGAAUUUUAUGAGUUGCCACCCAUCAAGAUACCAUUACACCUACAACAUGAGACGAAACCCUGGCUUUCUGUUAAGAAUCACUCAUCUGGGCUUGGUUACGAUGAUUCUACCAACACUUUCAAGAUGCUGUGUAUCGUACAAGUCAAGCCAGUAAACGAUAAACUGGUGGAUCUAUGGACCAUGGUGCAUGUCUUGGGCACUGACUCGUGGCGUAAGAUACCUCAAGUCCCAUCUUAUCACGUCGUUGGUAGAGGCGUGUUCGCUAAUGGAUGUUUGCAUUGGUUAGUUAGUAAUGAAUACGAUGAUUAUUGCGAUCGCCACUUAAGAAGACCAGUAAUAAGCUUCGACAUGGAGAAGGAGGAAUUCGGAUUAAUCAAUCCUCCUCGUGAACGACUAAAAUCAUUUUCGGUUAGUGAGCACUUGGUUGAUUUAAAUGGUGAAGUUGGAUAUGUGUGUACAAUGUUCGAAUAUGACAGAAUGGAAGUGUGGGUUUUGAAGGAGACAGGAUGGGUGAUCCACUGCAAGCUCGAGGAGAACCCGCCUAUUCAAUAUGACGACUUCUUAAAGAUAAAGGUUUUAGGGUUUUGGAAUGAAAACGGAGACAUAUUAAUGCAGGCGGUUUAUUCGAAGCAGAUGUUUGUUUACAACUUAAAGAGUGACAAAUUUUAUGAAGUCAAGUUCGAUGGACCAGAAAAAGGAGUUGAAAGAGAUAUUCGAUUGUAUCAAAGUAGUUUGUUUUCAACCCGAUAUUCAAUCAUCAAAAAAUGA